GUACCGUUUCCCUGAAAAGCUUUUCAGUAAAUGCACUCAUGCUACUACAGGAGCUUCUCUCAGCAAUAAGCCACCCAUCUGCCAUCAACAAGUUAAGACUAAAAGAACCCACAGCCGCGGAAAAAGAAGGUGAGCUUCAAUUAAACCACUGAGCAGUCACAGGAGGAGGAAAAACAACAACAACUUAUAUUCAGCAUUGAUUCCACAAUUACAGACCUGUCACAUGAAAUCAAGCCAACGAAUUUAAAAGGAGUAUUUUGAGAGAGUAUGGUGGAUUCAGUCUUACACUAAUAUCAAAGGACACUAGAAAACAGUAAAUUAUUCAAAGGCUAUCUUACAUUAGAGCCUUUUACAGACUCACUGCGUUGAGUCUAAAACUACGACUGAAUGCAACCUCCAAUGUACUCGAAAGAAUGGGCUUACAUUUCAAGUGGCCAUUAGGGGCUCCUAUGCUGGCAGCACUAUAUGCAAUGAGUAUGGUUUUAAAAUUGCUGCCUGCCUUGGGCAUGGCUUGUCCACCAAAAUGUCGCUGUGAGAAGCUGCUCUUUUACUGUGACUCUCAGGGGUUUCACUCAGUGCCAAACACCACUGACAAGGGCUCUCUAGGUUUGUCACUGAGGCACAAUUAUAUUUCUGAACUUGAAAGGGAUCAAUUUGCAAGCUUCAGUCAACUUACUUGGCUUCACUUAGAUCAUAAUCAAAUUGCAACAGUAAGAGAAGAUUCUUUUCAAGGACUAUAUAAACUUAAGGAAUUAAUCCUAAAUUCAAACAAAAUCUUUUAUUUGCCAAACACAACUUUUAGCCAAUUGCUGAACCUGCAAAAUUUGGACCUCUCUUUUAAUCAGUUAUCCUCUCUGCAUCCUGAGUUGUUUUAUGGACUUCGCAAACUGCAGACCUUGCAUUUACGUUCCAACUCCCUGCGGACUAUCCCAGUCCGCCUUUUCUGGGACUGUCGUAGUCUGGAGUUUCUGGAUUUGAGCACAAAUCGCUUGCGAAGUUUGGCUCGCAAUGGAUUUGCAGGAUUAAUCAAACUGAGGGAGCUUCACCUAGAGCACAACCAGCUGACAAAGAUUAAUUUUGCUCAUUUCCUACGGCUAAGCAGUCUGCACACGCUCUUCUUGCAGUGGAACAAAAUUAGCAACUUGACAUGUGGGAUGGAGUGGACCUGGGGCACCUUAGAAAAGCUAGAUUUGACUGGAAAUGAAAUCAAAGCCAUUGAUUUGACAGUUUUUGAAACUAUGCCUAAUCUUAAAAUACUCCUAAUGGAUAACAACAAGCUAACCACUCUGGAUUCCAAGAUCUUAAAUUCACUUACAUCCAUAACUACGGUGGGCCUCUCCAGCAAUCUGUGGGAAUGCAGUCCAAAGAUAUGUGAAUUAGCCACAUGGCUGAGUGGUUUUCAAGGUCGGUGGGAGCACUCCAUACUAUGCCACAGCCCAGACCACACCCAAGGAGAGGAUAUUCUAGAUGCAGUUUACGGUUUUCAGCUUUGCUGGAAUUUAUCAACUAUUGUUACAUCCAUGGUUACAAGUUACAGCUCUCCAACUACUGAGUAUACAAAAAGAAUAAGCUCAUCAAAUUUCCAUAUGGGAGACAAAGAAAUUCCAACUACUGCAGGCAUAGUCGUUACUACUGAAGAACAUUUCACUGAACCAAACAAUGCCAUCUUCACUCAACGGGUAAUUACAGGAACAAUGGCUUUAUUAUUUUCUUUCUUUUUUAUCAUUUUUAUAGUGUUCAUCUCCAGAAAAUGCUGCCCUCCCACAUUAAGAAGAAUUAGGCAGUGUUCAAUGAUUCAAAACCACAGGCAACUCCGAUCCCAAACACGGCUACAUAUGUCAAACAUGUCAGACCAAGGACCAUAUAAUGAAUAUGAACCCACCCAUGAAGGACCUUUCAUCAUCAUUAAUGGCUAUGGACAGUGCAAGUGUCAGCAGCUGCCAUAUAAAGAAUGUGAAGUAUAAUAUCUACAAGUCAUCAAAAAUUAAACCAGAUAAGUAAUCUAUUUUAAAAUUGAUGGGGACUUGCAUAUGAUUCUAAUUUUUACAAAUGUUGACAUAAACCCUAAUUUUCCAAACUAUUUAAUGGAAGCAUUGUUUUUGAAGUGGUGCAGUAUUUUAGAGUUUUUUUUUUAAAUAAAACCAUAUUUUCAGUGUUAAAGCAAUGAUUACAUUAAAUUUGCACUCAAUGUUUGAAAGUCAAAAAGAUGCUCACCUCAAAACAUGUAAAAUGUUUCAUGUUAUGUAAUUAUAUGACUAUGUGUAAACAUUUAUACUUAAGUCUCCAUAGUCUACUUUUUCUAAUGAAAAUAGUCUGGAUGAAAGGAAUCUAGAUAGAUGCACACAGAUCUGUGAGGGAACAUGCAUUACAUUUGUUCCACUGUAGCUAUGUGAUCACAAACAUUCCAGUUGGCUCGGUUCACUUUUCAAGGUAGACUUACAGGAAGAUUUUCCUUUUGUGAUAAUCUGACUCUAAAAUCUACAAUCGGAGAAGAAUGGGAAAGGGAUUUUUCAAGUGUAUUGAGACUGGUGAUUUUAAAUACUGUUUUCCUACCUCCAUAUCCAUAGUCAGCCUUGCCUAAAUGUAUCUUUGCUAAAGCUCACAGCAAAUUUGCAACACAGCAGUUUUAUACAGUUACAAACUGACUCUCCAAAUGCUUACAAAGUACUCAAGUGCUUAUGUAGGAAGGCUUGAUACAACGCAAUCAAUUCUAAGUAUUAAAUGUGUUUAACUCUUAUUAGACCUCUGGUUUGACUUGAUAAUUGGCAUAGCUUUUCAAAUAAUUUAGGCAAAUUAUUUGGGACUAUGAAUGAAGGGUAUUUCAACAGCUUCUCGUGUGUAAAUACCCUGAAUGCAAAUUUUAAUUAAAAGUAAAUAUCAAUUUUGGGGUAAAAAGGGACUAGGGAGGGAAGAAGCCUCUCCUCUCCUCCCCAUAGCAGUUUCUUCAUCUUGCCUAGAAGCUAUUUUCAUGCACUAACGCGACUGGUUUCUCUGGAGACAGAAUUAGCCCCUGCAAUAUAAGCUUUCACUUAUCCUAUUCUUGUGAAACCCCCAAUCUUCCCAAAGUCAAAGUAGUUAAACUUUUUUAUUUAAUUGUUCAGUUGAUAAAAUUAUAAUUAGCUUAGAAAGUAUUUAAUUGAAAAAUGUUUCAUUUUAUUCUUCAGUGAUAUGAGAUUGAAUUUAACGUCGUAUGCUAUUUGCAUUUUUUUUUUUUUUAAAUAAAAUUACUCACCUUGGAAACUCAUUUUCUUUUAUCCAGAAGUAGCAUGUGCUAUAAACACUAUUAUGAAAUUACAUGUAAAUAUUUGGAGAUCUAUGCAGCCACAGUGGUAUCAGACACCACAAAUAAAUAUAAAAUUACAAUAUUUUUAAGAAAAUUGCUCAAAUAUUGUAAACUUUAACCAAAGUUACUAGACCG